AUGUUUGAUGGGGAGCACGCAUCACACAGUGGCUACCAUGCCAAACGUCCUGAUGUGCCACCCCAGCUCGGCUCUGAGCUUUUCUCAACGCAGCGGAAGCGCAAAGGAUCUCGGCUGAGUCUUACAAGCCUCCUCUCACUAACAACAAGCCAAAAUAGACAAACUAAAGACAGGCAUCGCUCAGAGUGGUCUUAUGAAGAACCAGGUAAAGCGAUGUCCAGUAUUUCUAGCACAGAUCUUCGCUUAAAUGAAAGCGGUAAUAUCGGUACCAACCGAAGAAACCUCAGUAUUGACGUCAAUCUUUGUCAAGAUGAUGAUGGUCGUGGUGCAAUCCUUCCAUUGAGUGAUAGUCGCGUGCAAGGAGCAGAGCGAUCUGAAAUAUCCGGAAAAAAGAAGCAAAUACGCGGUAGCAAAAUACUUGAGUGUCCUCUAUGUUGUAUGCGACAACCUUCUAGUAACUUCCCUCGCCUUAUAUGUUGCCAACAUAGAAGUUGUCGUCUGUGCUUAAUGCAGUAUGUCGAAAUGGAGAUAAUGGAGAAUCGUGUCGAAGUGUCUUGUCCAGAGUGUGCUGCCCAUUUACACCCCUUAGAUAUAAAGAGCCUUGCUGGUGGGCGAACGGAUUUGAUAGAAAAGUAUGAGCAGUUUAGUGUGCGACGAUAUCUGAUGACAGAACCAGAUGCACGUUGGUGUCCUGCUCCAGACUGCGGGAGGAAGCGAGCUUCACUAGCUGCUUCUUUUGCUUGUUCAAGUAGCACUCAUUUUUGGAAGUCAGCUUAUCAGCAGUUUGAGCGGUUGUCAUAUACUUUAUUUAUCUCCUCUUGGUGUAACUGCGAUGGCGUCUGGCAUCCCAGCCAGACUUGCGAUGAAGCUCGACGACAGCGCGGUGCACCAACGCUCAGAACUGCUCGUCGAAUCACAAGCUCUUCUCUCGACAUCCAACUCAAACCUGGUGAUAUCAAAGCUUGCCCCCGUUGUCAUACUUAUAUAGUCAAGAUGGAUGACGGAUCUUGUAAUCAUAUGGUUUGCGCAAUGUGUUCCGUCGAAUUUUGUUGGUUGUGUUUGAAGGAAAUAAGUGACCUACACUAUCUCAGUCCAACUGGAUGCACAUUCUGGGGCAAAAAACCUUGGACUCGAAAAAAGAAGCUGCUUUGGCAGUUAGGUACUCUUAUUGGUGCACCUGUAGGCAUAGCUAUAAUUGCUGGACUUUCUAUACCUGGAAUUAUAUUCGGAGUUCCAGUAUUUGUGGGAAGAAAAGUACAUCAACGUCUUCUACAUCACUCGAAUGCACGCCGUCGUCUUCUCACUGCCGCAUGCGUUGUUGGGUCGUUAUUCAUCAGCCCUGUGCUUGCUGUAAUGGCUGUAGGUGUGGGAGUACCAAUAAUGCUUGCCUAUGUUUACGGAGUUGUUCCUCUAUCGCUGUGUCGAAAUGGAGGUUGCGGUAUCUCAGAGUCUAAUUCACAAACGGACGCGCUGAACGAUGACGAUCUGUGGACGUUAGCUUCACAUCAAGACAAAUCUCAACUACUUAGUGAGAUGGAUAGACCAGAUGGGUCAUCACUUGUAGCUGAACUUUCUCUACAAAGUGGAAUAUCCGGUGGUAUCCAACAUCACGUACGACUUGCUGUCAAUGACAUCCGUAGACGAACAAGUGUUGAUUCUGGUGUGAAUAGCCUGUGCGAAAGAAUCAACUACGAGGAAGCGAGCACUCGUGCUAUGGCGGGCUCUCAUUAUCACUACGAUGAUAAGGCAUUAGCUGGCUCCGUACUAGAUUCGAAAAGUCUUAGCGAAAGUUCAGGAGCUCGUGUUGUUGCUCCACAUCACGAUCACGGGACGGAUGAUGUUCAGGCUUAUACAUGUGCAACUCCGUCCACAUCCUCGACCGAACAUAACGAAGAAAAGUUGUGCAUGAUGAAUAUAUUAACAUUUUAUAAGGGAUGCAGCUAUAUGCUUAUGCUUGUGGAGUUUGCAUUAAUUAAAUGUUGCCUUUCGUCAUUCUUCUUACGUGUAGAUAUGCGUACACUGGCGAAUUUCAGAUCAUAUGUAGAUGAGACUCCAACACUAAGUGCACCACGUAGACGUUCAGACCGAAUACGCGUCGUUGUUGCAUAUCCACGAGCAGAUGAUUCCGAGCAGAUGCUAUUACUGGCCGAUGAUCCGGGACCUUCCGGAGAGGUGCGUGGUGGGGUGGUUCCUAUGCCGUCAACCUCGUCCACACAGCCAGACUUGCGCGAAGAACUAGAUCCACCAUCUGGAACCUCUCGCAGUACAUUAUGUGGCCGGACAUUUCGCUCGGGGAGUGCAAGGAGCUUAUCUACCAUAGCAGUGCAAUCGUUUGAGGUUGGACAAAGUGUUGGCGCUGCCCCGAAACGUCGUAGUAUUCUUCAUUCACUAUUUUCAUCAAAGAAAAAUGGCAAAAAAUAG